AUGUCUGCGGUAUUGGUGAGAGGUCAAGAUCCGUACGCAAAAGGAGACCUUGAUCGGCAGGAAGAAAUACAUCGGGCGAUACCUAAACUUCACGCUCCAGAUUCUGGUUACGCGGAACAGCCUGGCAUCGUACAGUUGUCGCAGGCUUCGGAUCUGUUGGAAGGUGAGCAGUACGUCGAACGCGCCCACGAUCAGGAAGGUGAUAGAAUGGGCGCAUCAUUGAACAGGAACCUAAAUCAGACCUUGUCUGGGCACAGAGAGAUGACGAUGCAUGGUUGGGUGAGAGCAGGCAUACGCGGGGCGUCUCAGUCAGCAUCUCUGCUUGCUAUAAUGAAGAGUAGUGUGGAUCGCCUUGGAGACUCCCUUGAGGCUCGACUACUCGAUCCGAGUGAGACCAAAACGUCAGAGCCCGCAGCACAAGCGGCGAACACCGAGGUGACACGCUCGGACGAAGAUGUGCUGAAGGAUUUGGGGCCCGAGGAGCUCAGGCGGCGCGUUGUCGAGCUGCAAAAGGACAAAAGGCGCCUUGAGCAGACAGUGGCGAGUCUCAGGAACCAGCUCACAGUGCCUAGUGCGCAGGAUCCGGAAAUGCGGGAAAAUACGCAAGACCUUUCGAGCAGUGGGCUCGGGGGGAUAGGUGCUCCACAGAACGAGCGAGUAUCAGGGGCACGGAACGACUCCAAGGUAAUCCAUGCGGUCAAUGAAAUGUACAGAACGACUACGCACGACAAUGAGACCCAGAGUCUGCCGCUUGCCUUUGUCAACGAAAGAACUCGAGCCCUGAGAAGCUCAAGUGACAGUGCAAAGUCCACGAGCUCGCAGGGUUCAGGUAGAAGCAGCCCUAUGGGGUUUCGCUUCGAUGAGGCUUCAAAAGACUGGAAGCCCACCAGCUCCAAGUCCCCGGCGAGCGUCAGUACGAUGAACGUCAACUCGAGGAGAAAGUCGAGGGAUCGGAGUUUUGAUGAUGUCAAGGCAUCACUUGUCAUGAUACCUAUCGCAAAGAAGGGCGAGACGGUGGAACAAGCCAUCGAUCGAGUCUCUACACUUCGACCGCCAAAGCGACCCAGUAUUGCUGAUUUGAGUAAUGACCAACCGUCAAGCAUGGAGGGAAGUACAGGUCUCAACCGAUCAGCUGGAGGGUCGUUGACUCCACGAACAAACGAGCAGUGCGGUCCACGGCUACAGGUGGAACAGUAUGAUCAGAAGGAAGAAAACAACUCACCAACCGUGAGAAAGACCAGUAUUGGACAUGGUCGAGUUGCAGAAUUGUUGGCGACCUCGCCAACCAAGCCGCAGCUGAAGGUGGCGUCUGUGAGCGUGGACCCUAGUCAUAGUGAUAUUUCGCCAACGGACACAACGGUCGUGCAGCACGAGCCAACGCCGCUGAUAUCUCAACAACCACCUUCAGUCUCGAGCACAACAAAGGACGGAGAUAUCUCCCACCAGCAGGAGGAGAGCAACAAUACGGCGACUCAGGAUUCACCAGAACCUAAUACAUCGCAGCCGCGUGCUGAUAGCCUGCAGACCAUGGAUAUGGUGCGCGACGAAGACAAGAAAAAGCAGACCGCUAACCUGCCCGUGUCGGAGGACACACACCUGGAACGCCAGUCCCGCAAUCCGGGAUUCAUCCAGAUGGCCAAGGACAUAGGAGAUAGCGCUGCUUCCAGAAGCUCAUCGAACGACAUACAGGAUAGGAUUCAGUACCACAUGGCCAGAGGAGAUGCCGCUCGCGCCCGGAAGACCCAGGAGAAGAACAACCUCGCUGCUGCCACCCGGAGUGACCGGACUGCUGCCCAAUUUGCUGCUGCCGCGGCCGCUGAAAGAGCCGCCGCUGAAAUCGCUCGCCGUUCUGAAAUUUCUACGCCACGGCCAGCGUCUCCAGUACUGACCACCUCUCACAGCAACGACAAAAGCAAGGGCAAAGCUUCCAUCGAUGAGACCAUGCCAAGAAUGAAGAUCACCAAGCGUCCAAGCAUUGCGCCAGACAAUCGUAACCAGAACGAGCAAGUGGACAUGAGCGACGAUCCAAGAAUCCAGAACUACGCCCAGAACCUCCCACGGGUCUACGGCAUGCACGAUGUCCUCAACACUCCACAGUACGCCCAAUACCCGCAGCCGACAACAGACCCGGGCGAAAUCGAGAGACUCAUCGCGAACUUCGACGAGAAUGCGGUGCUCGAGACGCGUCGCGACCGACAGACGCACGCAAGCCAAGCAGUACCAAGCAGAUCGAAUGCGCCGUAUGACCGCGAGCAGGACUUGCUGUGGAUUGAAGCACAGCUGCAAGACCGGCGCGCCAAGCAGCACAAGCUCCAGCAAGACGUUGAGCAGCAUGGCGGCUGGAUCGAGACCAGCCCAUUUGGCACUCAGGUCCGUCUGACUGAAGCAGGCCAGCGUGAGGGCGGACGUCUGCUCGAGGCAGAGCAGCAGCGCAAAGCCAAGGAGAAGCUCGAGCAGGAAGCAGCGGCGGCGGCUGAUUUUGCCGCUCAACUUGCCCUCCUCAGCGACAUCAAGCACCGCAAGUCGACACCCUCGGAGUGCAGCCACGACUCGGACGUCACCGCCAUUAACGGAGCUCUGUCGCCACAAGUUGCCAAGGACUUGCACGUCGCCGGCUCGGUUGCAGAGGCUCGGCGCGUAACGAGCACGGCCGUCAGCGAAACCAAGCCAAAGGCGUGA